CACGAAAAGGGUCAAAACAUCUCCGCCGCGCCUGCGUGGCCUUCUGGCAGCACUGAUUUCCUCGUCCACCCACCAAACCUCGCAAGAGAGGCUAUUUCAGAUGCGCGAAAUAUGACGGAGAUCGGCUCAUCGCUUCUCUGUCGAUUUACUGUCUCAGCCAGGCACCAUGAGCCUUGAUCCGAGUGCCUUUCCGAGGUCCAACUCCCCCGCAAGCUCCGAAUGCUCCCUGUCGCGACCGCGACUACGAGGGAAAGAAGAUGCUCUCAGAAAAGACAAGAGUUAUCGCCGAUAUGCUUCGAGCGUCGAGAGGGCCUUGUCCUUGUUCGACAACGCGUUGCAGGAAUGGGCCGAUUAUAUUUCCUUCCUCAGUCGUCUCAUGAAGGCGCUCCAAUCCCAUCCUCCCGAUCUACCUAUUGUCCCUCACAAGGUUCUUGUCUCGAAGCGACUCGCACAAUGUAUGAACGCAUCGUUGCCAUCAGGCGUCCACCAGAAGGCACUUGAGACCUAUACAUAUAUAUUUGACUUGAUCAAGUCCGACGGACUUGCGCAAGACCUAUCUUUGUACCUACCAGGAAUCGCGCCUACUCUGACAUUCGCGUCUCUGUCGGUCCGCCCAUUAUUCAUAUCUCUCAUAGAGACAUAUGUUCCAAAUCUGGACCCACUAGCAAUCCGACCGGCGUUGAAAUCGAUCAUCCUCGCACUGCUCCCGGGACUCGAGGAGGAAACCAGCGACGACUUUGAGGCGACCCUGCGACUGUUCAAUAAGUUCCGCCAUGUCUCGGCGAAGAUGGGGGGCCAUUCAGGUGAUCCGGAUGCAGGAGCCGACGGCCAGUAUUUCUGGCAGUGUUUGUUCCUCGCAUCCAUCACCAAUCCCAGCCGUCGACUAGGGGUACUUGCAUAUUUGAAUCGGUUUCUCCCCAAAUUGGGGGUCGCGGACUUCCAAGCUCUCGGGGAUGGCCAGGCUCAGAAGGAUACACCCGAUGAUAUGGCGGUAGCAGCGAAAUCUGUGAUUUCUCCCGAGCCAGGCCUCCUCGUUCGCUGCUUUGCUUCGGGCCUCAGAGAUGGGCAGUUGCUUGUCCAGCGGAAUUUCCUCGAUCUUCUAGUGACCCAUCUGCCACUCGACUCCCCGAUUUUGCAGUCGAGGAUCACAGGGGAUGAUCUUCAGACUCUUGUCCUUGCUGCUGUGGGAGUGGUAACCCGUCGGGACAUGAGUUUGAACCGGAGACUUUGGGGUUGGCUGUUGGGGCCUGAACCUGCCAACGAUGGCAAUGAGAGUGCCUUUUUUGGGUCUCCUAAACCGACGUCCGACAAUGCUCGGCCUUCAACAAGCAAUGGGCAAGAACUUUCUCAGUCUCAAUACUUCAUCCAGUUUGGACUGAAACCCUUGGCGAAUGGUCUUCUUGACAUGGUCAAACAGAGAUCCACCGUGCCGUCCGAGAGGACAAAGCCGUUUCGAAUCUCUCUGUCGCUUAUGGAUAGAUGGGAAGUCGGGGGUUCCAUCGUACCAAUGAUCUUCCUUCCUGUAUUGGAAAGUGUCCAGGCCUUUGAGAGAGAGGCUUCUUCUAAAAGUCACUUUGAUGAAGCCUUUCGUAGUGCUAGCGCCUUUUUCGAUGGCGUCGAAAGCGGCGUCAUCUUCUCAGAGUUACUCGGUCUCGUUGACUGGAAGUUGACGGAUCUACAAAACAACAUCGACAAGGUCUCACACAGCCUGAAACUGGCACAGUUCAUCUUGGACAAUUUCAAUUUUCGCGAGGAAGACAUGCUUCUGAUCCAUGUUCCCUUGCUAGUUCUAUCAAUUCUUGUCAAGAUGGGCGAAUCACACACUCUGAAAGACGAAAAUUUGCUGUCAAACAAGCGGACUGUCUCCCAAGGAUUGGGGAAAAUGAUGAAUUCGCUGUUUGGCUUAUUAUCGGAAAGGGCCUUCCUGACAAAAGCAUUCCCCAAAAAGAUGGCAGUGGCUGCGACGGCAACCGACGAGCCUCCCACUACUGGGAUACUUGGUAGAAUUCAUGAUUUCUACGAGCAAAGCAAGACCAGCCUGGAUCUCCCUCCCCUGCCCUUCCAUCCUGAGCAGUUGGUGCAGUUGAUCAUUCGAGAGGUCUAUGGACAGGCUAUAUCUGCCCUCGAAGACGCGGAUGAAACACUUCUGGUUCAUGAAAAAUCAAGCCUCUUGAUCGCCAUACUAAAGAAGCUUCCAAAAUCGAACAUUUUCAAUGAUGGAAGAUUCUAUUCAGCAAUUCAUAACCGGUUGGCCAAUGCGCCAAGCAACCCAUCUACAGCAUCGUUCUCUGUGCUGUCUUCCAUCACCUCUUCGGUGACAAGUCUAUAUCUUGUUCAGGCUCCAGGAUUCUAUAUAAGUCACGACUAUGUCUCUGAUUUAAUCCCUCCACUUGUUCAGCAGCUUUGGCAAUACCUGUCGCCGUUGAGCCCCAAGUUUCACGUUGAGGCUGUCCGAUGCCUUUGGCUCUUACAUUCGGUAUCUUGGCCAGAUCACUUGGUUGAAGCAUCCUUGGCGUCUUUGAUGAUCGAUUCGUCUUCAACCGGCCCGUUACAUCUUUCAUCGGAGGAACAAGCAGAACACUUCUUCGUCCUAUGGACCCACAGUCAAGGAGGACUGUAUGACCAUCAACCCAAACAAUCCGUCGAACCUAGGGAUCCUCAGUGUUCCUACCAUUCUUCUAUGUUGGAAAGACCUCUUUUUAUCGUGUUGGACCUCAUCUUUCAGGGGGCGAGUGAAGCAUCCCAGGAAGUUCAGAGAUGGCUGCAGGAUCUACCAUCUAUCCAUAGAGUUCUCGAGAUCGUGGUUCUGCGAUUCAAUGAGCUUUUCUUACGAGCAGAACGUCAACGUUCAGACAAAGCUGGCAGCUUAAUCGCGGUCGAGGACUUCAGGGAAUGCAACUAUCUGCUACGGACGAUCUCCAAUAUUCUUUCCUCUCUUUCCCACCACGGCUGGAACAUCCUUCUUAAUCAUACUCCAUCUCAUGCGGAAAGAUCUCCGGAUACACCAGCUUCUGAAGACAAAACUGAAAUAAGGAGUCUUCAUGCAACAGUAUUGCAAGCUACGGUGGCCGUCAUCACUAGUGAAGUCCCACAGACAGUACAGCGGAGUCCAGACCAUGAAAAACUGCAGCAAGCAGCUCUUUUUGUCCUGCGACAAUUGCUACUUGGCCCUGGAGCCGAAGAGAUCUCAGAAUAUGGCAUAGACACUCUGUUGAUGAAUAGAUUGUCCCACGCCAUUGAUGAUGAGAUCAGUGACACGGUUCAAAGUGCCAUCAUUGAUACCCUUACCGCCGCGCUGAAAGUCCGAUUUUCUCAUGCAUAUCUGCCUGCGCUGCCACCUAGACCAAAACACCAUCGAGCACCCUCACGCGAUCGCCUCACGAGCUCCUCCCUUCUGUCUUUGACUAGCGACAAGGCGGAAAAGGCUCCGGCCUUACCUGGAUUGCCCCAACCGCCUCCGCAGCUCUUGGAUUGCUUCCUCAAGGGACUCAGCUCGCCCAAAUCUCGAGAAUUUAUCGAUAAAUGGAUAUUCUUCUUGUGCGAAAUCCUACCGAUAUACUCGGCAUCUAUUUUCCAGAUUCUUCUAAAACUAGUCGAAUGUUUCUGCAAAGAAGUCCAAUUGUCGUACACGAAUCUUCAGUCGGCCUUCAAAGAAACGACGAGCUGGCCGCAAGAUCGUGCAGAACAUGCCAUCAUUUCCUUACUCGCGGGCCUCGAGACUUGCAUUGCCACUGCUCACGAGCGGUUACUUGUCGAGGAAGCUAACAUCCCGGCAGCAAAAAGCCCUGAUCAGCAGCACGGAUUCUUUGGCAAUAUGGUCUCGGGGGUUUUCACGACGGACGGAAAUCAGUCUCGGUCGACCGCUGCUAAUAACAGGCUUACGGUUCUGCUCUGUUUCCAGGAUGCCGUACGAUUAUGUUUCUCUAUCUGGUCGUGGGGGGCAUCGGAGCGGAGCCCACAGGAUCUUGAAUGUUUAGCUUCCUUCCAAUAUACCUCUCUCCGCAUGAGAAACCGAUCUCGUCGGAUUCUUGAGCAUUUCUUCAAUGCUGAGGCCCUUGAGUGUCUGGAGACAAUGGUGGAACUAUGGACCAAAUCAGACGCUGGCACGUCUGCUUUGAUUCUCAGCCUGCUUCACACCCUGGAAGGUUCGCGGCCGAAAAUCACAAAAUCCGCGAUGACUUCCAGUCUCUCGGAAUCAGAGCUGGCAGGUUUCCUAGUCACUUAUGCGAAGUCUCUUGAUGAUGACGUUUUAGACGAGAUCUGGACUGAUUGCACAACAUUUCUGAGAGAUGUUCUCAGCAAUCCAUUCCCCCACCGACAGAUCCUCCCUCGGUUGGUCGAGUUUGCUGCCAUACUCGGAACCAAGAUGGAAAAUACCAACUUUGGCGAUGAUCGCCGGAUGAGAAAGGAGCUUGGGGAUGUACUGUUACGGAUGCUCACUGCCGUAUUCACCAGCAAGCCGCAAGACUCGGGCCUGCUUGCUCGGCCGUCUCUAGACUCGGACGGGGCGGUAGUUUCGCAUGUCGGUCCCGAUGACAUGCUGAGCAUCCUUGCCCGCUCAAUGCCUGCCUUGAUCACGACUCUGAGCGAGUCGGAUCGGAUCAACACGGCUGUCAUUGGCAUAUCAACCAAUGUGAUCGUUCCAAUCUUCCGCUCGCGGCUCUUCCCCAAUAACAUCAACCGUAACGUCAUCCGUCUUCUUCAGCAGAUAGCCAAGGUUCCUGGCGCGGCGAAGCUGUGGAAGAAAGACGUCGGCGAUGCUUUCAACGAUGCCCGGUUCUUUAGCUCCCAGCUUGACCUUGUGAAGAGUGGUUGGAUGGGGCUUCUGCGGCAAUGGGUCCUCGUCGACAAGGAGCGACUUGCCGAGUUGAUGUCUCGCCUCCCUCCCCCUAGUUCUGCGGGGAUUAUGUUUGGCGUGGGCGCAUCUGCUGCUCGCCUGGAAGCCGAUCGGAAAACCCAACUCAAUCUUCGGAGAAUCGCCUUGCUUGUUCUUUCUGCCAGCCCCGACUACUUUGUCGGAGAGCUUCCGGCGCUUCUGCAGAAACUCGAGGAUCUGUUGGCCGCCACCAGUCUGUCCUCCCCAUCAUCUGCCACUCGAGCCGAGAUAUUCAUGGUCCUGCGAUCACUGGCACUCAAGUCAUCUCCGACCGCACUGGCACCGUUCUGGCCGCUGAUCAACGACGAGCUCCAGGAGGCCAUCUCGGCUGUGCCGCAGGGGCAACAGUCAGAACUGUACAACCCUUGCUCGUUGUUACAAGCGUGCAAGCUCCUUGACACGCUCUUGGUAUCCGCGCCAGACGACUUCCAGCUCAUCGAGUGGCUCUUCGUGACGGACACCGUCGAUGCCGUCUACCGACCCGAUCGCUGGGAGCCCGUAGCCCUAGCGGACGAGGUAUCGCAGAGUCUAGGCGCGCACGGUGUUGCUUCUCCGACCAUGCCGAGCGAGGCCGGAACGGAAAGCAGCCAGGGUGGUCUCAAACGGCCGUGGUUGAUCUCGGACUCGAUCCGCGAGACGGCCAAAGAUGAGCUUGUUGAACGGGUCCUGCGCCCCUUCUUUGACCGACUCAGCAUCCAUGCCUUUGAAAGCACGUACAGCAUGCACCGACCCGACCUUGGGGUCUGUGAAGAUGAUCUCCUCGCCGAUUUGUUCAACGAGAGCACCAUGGCCAACUGAGGAAGCGUACAGUAGGAACAAGGAAUUCCAGGAAU